CAGAAACGCGACCAGCCAGGUGUACUAUGCCACCGGAAGCUGGUAACUGCCGAGCAUACAUCCCUACUUGGUAUUUUGAUCCGAAAAUUUCAAGGUGCAGAAUGUUCAUCUAUGGUGGUUGCGGUGGAAAUGAGAACCAGUUCCAUUCAGAAAAGAAGUGCCAGAAAGUUUGCCUACCAUCAUGGGAGCGGAUGCGCGUCUGCAGCCCUAAGCCUAAACGUGGAAUGUGCAACAACGAUGCGACAUUCUGGUAUUUUGAUCCUGCUGCAGCCACUUGCCAUCGGUAUAAGCGCGGCCUCUGUGAACAAGGCGCAAACAAGUUCCAAUCGUGUGACAAAUGCAUGGCGAUGUGCACUAAUAUGGUCUUCCGAGAGAAGUGUCGCUUGAUUAUGAAGUCGGAACCCGGCCCAGGUGGACCAGAAUAGGCAACUAUAUGCAAAAGCUAUUCUGAAUCGCUUACAAGGACGGUGUGGCGCGCAUUGAGAACGUUUUGACGGAGCUGGAAAAUGAACCCUUGAAUGCA